AUGUUAUCCACAUUAAUGCUUUGGACAUUAACGGAUCCUUCAACGGCAACACAGCAACCAAGCGAAGGUAGCGAGCCCAAGUUUCGGUGGCCAUAUUAUUCCAUUAUAAUCAAGAAACUCAAAGUGAGCAAUAAGGAAAUAGCAGAUCAGAGGGUUCCUCCCGAAUUGCGCGCUCUGCUGCAGUUUCUACCAAUACCGAAAAAUACCAUAUCGGUAUUUGCUAUGGAACCAUACGGCACUACACCUGUGGCUGCGGUACAAAAAGUUUCCGGAGGAGCAGCGCGGCCUCCCAGCGUUUCUCAGUCGACUCCAAUGAGUGGUUUGCGACAUGGCCGGUAUGCACUGCAUGUCAGUGAGAAAGUGAAGACCUCAAGUUACGACUUUAUACAUGCUUACAUCAAUGAGCAGAACAGCAAAGGCGGAUGGAAAUGGAGCUGGUUCCAGGCUUCGAAAAUUGAUCGACUUCCAUGCCCGAUACAGAAAUGGGUUGCUCGACUUCUGGUUCAUAAGCAUCAGCUGGAAUAUCAAAGACCUAAUGCAGUGAUUACUGAGUCAAAUGACCAUUUCUUGUCCGCACCUGCAGUAGAAGCAACCGGUGAAGCUCCUCCGCCAUCAGCAUCAAGCGCAAAUACUCCUGGAACCCAAACACCUGCUACACCCACAGCAUCUGGCGUGGUCACUGAAGCGACUACACCAGGAAAUGAGUCGCAGUUCACUUUUGGUUAA